CAAUCCUAACCUCUUAUUCUCAAUCAUAAUAUUUGGAUUUGAAAUGUUUUGAUUAUUUCAAUUAUUGGAUUAUUUCAAAUAAAGGUAGUUUGAAAUAUUUGAAGUAAGAAGAUGACUCGAAAUAUUGAGUUCUACUUGGUAAUAUUAUGUAGUUGUGAAUUUGGUGUUUUGUUGUGAGUAUUGUGUUGACAAGGUAUAAACAAUGGAAGUUCUUAAGAAGCGUAGUCGAAGUACUAAUUACACAAGUCGGGAGAAAUUUCUGUUAUUGACAUUAAUAACUAAAUCAAAACACAUUAUUGAAAAUAAGAAAACUAAUUCCAUCACUUGGAGAGACAAAGAGGCAGCAUGGAAGAAAAUUUGUGUAGAAUUUAAUGCACAAACACCAGAAGGUAUUCCGCGUAAAAAAGAAUCCCUAAAAAAAUUUUAUGAAAAUAUCAAGAAAACCAAAAGAAAGGAGAGAGCUAAUGGAAAGAUGGAAUUGUUCAAAAUUGAGGAAAAAAAAUCACAGUUAAUAUCGGAUCCUGCCCACGACAGUGAGUUGUUUCAAUUGGAAAUGGAGAUGGAAAUGAAAAACUCAAAGGCUGCCCAAGACGUUGAAUUGUUUCAAUUGGAGAUAGAAAUGAAGAAAUCAAAGGCUGCUCAAGAUAGUGAGUUGUUUCAACUGGAGAUGGAAAUUGAAAAGUCGAAGGCUGCCCAAGACACUGAGUUGUUUCAGUUAGAGAUGGAAAUAAAAAAGUCGAAAGCUGAGCUACUUUUACUAAAAAAGAACAAUUUAUUGUUGGAUAAUUCAAUAAAAUCACUGCAAUUACAACUGUUGAAAAAAGACUUGGAAAAAUCUUAAUGUGAAUUAGAUUUAAAUGUUGAAAUAUUAAUUUAGAUAAUAUAAUAUUAAAUGUUUAAAGUGGCUGAAAGCAGAGAUCAACUCGCCAUCGUGAUUGCCAACGUCAGGGGGACCUGACAGGGCACAUUGAAGAAGAAGAUGAAUAUUAAAUGUACAUUGUCUUAGAUAAGUUUUUUUUUAUAGCAGAAUAAAUUGGAUAUUAUGUAUCAAGGUUAGAAUGAAAAUUUGAUGCGAGGAAUCAGGAGCAUAGAAUAUUCAUUGUAGCCAAGUAACAGAGUACCUAAAUUUCCCCCAUGACUGUUGGAACUAGAAACAGUAUAAACACUAUAAACUGUAAAAAAGAAUAAGUUUAUCAGAAUUAGUAUUGAUUUUAUAUUGAUUGUUGUUUUUGAUUUACUGUAAUUGGGUACCAUUACCUGUUGGAAAUGCAGGCUUAUUAUAAUUACCUUAUUAACAAUGAUUCUGAGAAUAAAGUUUUGUUAUUGUUUA